UGGAGUUGGGUCAAGGCUUCAGGCACUUGCUCCAAACAUGCUUAGGUCCCACUGUAUCAGCCAUCGCCUAGCCUUAGCAUGUGGUGAUGCAAAUGAUGAUGUGAAAUACAUUUCUCAAGUAGAACAAAUAUUGUACCAGUUAUGGAAAUGGCUAGAAUAUCCCAAACGUUGUGCUGCCUUUGUCAAAGUGUGUAAAAGUCUACAUAAAAUCAACCUGGAAAGUAACCCCGAGAAGCAGGAGAAAAUCAGGACAAAGCUUGCUGUUAGAAUUCAGAAAGCCUGUAGAACAAGGUGGUUGUCAACUGGCCAAAGCAUUGCAAGUGUUUGCAAGAACUAUGUUGCUUUAAUGAUGACACUUAAAAGCUUCAGUGAAUCUGAUGCCACAGCACAUGGCUUACUGAAACGCAUGAACAAUGCGAAAUUUGUAGGUGUAAUGUUACUUUUAAACUCAAUAUUGCCUCACCUUAAUGCUCUCAGCAAGCUAUUCCAGAAGGAUCAUACAUGCUACACUUCAAUAAAACCAGCUUUGUCAUGUACCAAAUCAGCUCUUCAAAACAUCAGAGAUAAUUUCAAUGUUGUUGAUGAACUUGAGCAGCAAAUAAAACCUGGUGGUGCCUAUGCUGAACUCGAAAUAGAACUAUCCAGUAUUGACCCAACAAGAAAGUUCCUAUCUAAUCUACAAAUGAACUAUGUACAAGCAUUAUCACACAGCAUCGAUCGUAGAUUCAGUGAGGCAUGUCCUGUUUUACAAGCAUUUUCAAUCUUUGACCCAACAACAUUACCUGCAAAGGCUGAUGCAACAUUUGCUGAGCAUGGCCAGCAAGAAAUUAAAAUACUCUGCAAUAAAUUUAACAUUCAUCCUGAAGAAGCCUUUGCUGAGUGGCAGAAUUUUAAAUUUCACAUGGAAGAGUGGAAAAUACCCCAGGCUGUCAUUAAAGGAGAAGAUAUCUCACCUGCACACUAUGUCAUGAAGAAGAUUGUGAAGGAGCAAGCAGUGUUCAAGGUUGGAUUUAGUAAUAUGGUUCAGUUGGCACAGAUUUGCCUUACACAGCCGUUGUCAAAUGCUGUUGUUGAGCGUGGGGCCAGUGCUGUGAAAAGAGUUAAGAGUCGGCUACGUAGCUCCAUGAAAAAUGACAUGUUGUCUAGCUUGCUACAUAUUACACUGAACGGUCCAUCCCAGAAAUCUGACGAAUGUCAUUCACUGUUGAUGGAAGCCACUCAAAUUUGGCGAAAAACUCACAUCAGAAAUCUGCCACCACUGAAGACAAUGCCUCCUGUGGGUGGUUCUGACCAUACACAGAGCCUUCAUCAUGUAACUCCUGUGCUUACAGUUGACUGUGGAGUGCAAGCAGACCUGCUACCACAACCCUCUCAAGACGUUGAAUGCAAUGUUGAGGUUGAGACACAGAAAGCUGUAUCUGAAGCAGAUGACUAUCAAAAUGCCCUUCAUGCAUUAGCCAUGGAUGACUCAGAUUCCGGCCUUGAAUCAGGCUCUGAUGAUUGUUUUUAGUUGUUAACUAUAAAAUGUUCAUUAAACUGAGUUAAAAUUUGA